GGCGAUUUGGUUUUGGUUCAUGUCGGGAGCGUGGCUGGACUUUUAGUUAUAAUGAGAUGGCAUCUUCACAACAUGUCGAAAUGGAGGCAGCGAAGUUUCUGCAAAAACUUAUUCAGGAAUCAAAAGAUGAGCCUGCGAAACUGGCAAUGAAACUAUACGUGAUAUGCCAGCACAUGAGGAUGAGUGGGAAGGAACAGUCCUUGCCAUAUCAAGUAAUAUCAAGGGCCAUGGAAACCGUAAUCAAGCAAAAUGGUCUUGACAUUGAGGCGUUGAAGUCAUCACGUCUUCCUAUGACUGGUGGAACACAAAUGGGAGAUUCUGGAGUUGCAAGGUCUGUGGACAAGGAUAAGCUUGAUCAGUCAUCACUAGGUCCCAGUGACAUAUCUUUAGGUGCAUGGCAUGCUGGAUCAAGUGGAAAGAUAAAAGAUGAUGUUUAUGGAGGGUCAAGCCAGGGGAUAGGGGUUCUGAAAGAGUCUAAAGCUGGUUUUCCUGAGAAUGAGAUGGGAAGGCUUGAGGCAAUUGUUCCGAACAGGCCAUCUGCUGAUCCAAGCAGGGCUGAAAAUGUGGGACAUGAUGCUUAUCAAGGAUCUGCAUCUCAGAGAAGCGGUAAAUCGUUUGAUCAUGAAAGUCCGUCCAGUCUUGACACCAGAUCUGCAAACUCACAGGAAAGGCGUGAUACAGCAAAACCAGAUAAACAGGGACAUCGAAAAGAUACUAAGAAAGCUGGUGCUAAGAGAAAGAGAGCAGACUCAACAUCAGCCAUAGAAGCUCAUAAUGACAACCACCAGCCACUAGAUAGGCCUAGCAUUGAUUCCAAUGUGAUGAAGGGGAAGCUGAUGAACAAGGGCGAUGUUGAAGGCAGUUUCACUCUUAAAGGUGGUGAACACAAUCCUGUUCAGAGUAGUGGUCACAUUAAUACUCUGUCAUCGUUUUCUGGUGGAUUAGGAUCAAUAUUUACGACCAAGCAAGAGAAUCAGAGUUUAAUGAAAGGGCCAGGUGAUAAAACAAAAACCACCAAUUCAAUGGGUUGGGCUCCAACUCCAAAAUACCCUGAAGAGGUAGAAGUCUCUUCUGCUCAGGGUGCCUUAGGACUACCUAAAGGUGGCAUGCAACUGUCCAGACAUGAAAUUCUCCGUUCUGGUGGCUGGAAUCAGAAUAAAGUGGGGUUAAAAACAGAAAAUUCUCAAGGCUCUAUGUUUCCUGUUAAUGUUGUUUCAAGUAGUUCAACAGCUGAAACUUCCAUGUCCCAAUUGGCACAACAAAUUGGAGAGAAAUCUCUUGGUAAUGAGACUGAACUUGGGGUUCCUGGAAGGUCCCUUGGACCAGUAAACAGUUACACCGCCAUCUCAGGUGGCGUUGGCAACAUUAAUGGAGGCAUGCCUGGUGCUUUUGUUUCAUACCCAAUAGUAAGGCCAGGUUUCUCUGCACCAAUGCCAUUUAACAGUUCUUUCAACAGUCAUGAUUUGGCGUCAAAGAUGUACAAGGAGAGAAAUGUGGAGGCUUCUUCCGGAUCUCAGCUACUGCAGAAGUGCAAUGACAUGUUGGCUAGUGAUAUGCCCAUGAAAUCUCCUGCAGUUGAGUUCGCUUCUACCAAAGUUGCUAUUCAUUCUGAACUUAGGAAACCUGGAUUCUUAAAAGAUGUAGAGCCAAGUGUUUCUGAGAAAGGUCUGGAUGCUUCAUUUUGUUCAUCCGGUCGUCAGGAAGAGGCAUUAUCUGGUGGAAGGGUCUUAGAAGAGGAUCAAGGUGUUUUAAAUACUGGGACCAAUUCCAGUAAGAUGGUUCAGAGUUGCGAGACAAACAGUAACAUGGAAAUGAGUAUGGCCCAUGGUGGUUCUUCUCGAGAUAGAGGAAAAAAUCCAAUGUCUCAGCCUCCUGCUGUCUCAGGGAUGCCUUUCAAGGAACAACAGUUGAAACAACUCAGAGCCCAGUGCCUUGUAUUUUUAGCAUUCAGAAAUGGAAUGGUUCCUAGGAAACUGCAUCUUGAAAUUGCGAUUGGAGAAAGCUAUCCAAAAGAAGGUGGCAGUGCAGAUGGAGGUCGUAAGGAACUGAUUGACCAUGGAGGGAAAGAUACAUCCUUAAUGGGGCCUAGUAACAGUAUUGAAGCAGGGGUUGGAUCUGGAAGAACAAAUGAUAUAAAAGAAGCUGAAAAAGUUCCUCCAGGGUCCUCAUCCACUGGAAGUCCAAUAGAUAGAGACUCCUCAUCAAAGGACACGGUGAACACAAAGAAGAUGAAGAAACAAAAGGGUCAACCUGCUGAGCGGUCACUGCUAGCUGAAGAAAGCAAACGAAUUCUGUCUGUGACAAAAAAACUUGAGGCUGAAAUGCGGACCCAAGCAACAGCAGAAUCACAGGUCGGUGUGGCUACGAUCUUGGAAUCUGAAUCCCCAAUGAACAGUAGUAGGAUUUCAUCUGAGAAUAUUCAUGAUAAGGAUGAUCCUGACCAUGGGCAUCAACAAGUGGGAAAGGGAGACCGAAUCUGGACAGGAAGCAGCUUUCAUAAUGAGGCUACCAAGGGAACAUUUGCAACUUUGUUUCAGCAUGAACAAGUCUCAGAAAGAGAAGAAAAUACUUUAAAUCAGUCUCAAACUUAUGAUGAUGGCGAUAGAGUAAUCAAACUGUUUAAGGUGGAGACUCCUGUUGUGCAAGCAAGUCAACAUGCAGAUAAAUAUCCGCCCACUUUUCCAUUGAGAGAGCAGAACAGACAUUCAGGGAAAGGAGUUGAACCUCAUAUGCCGAUGCUCCCGAAGGAUGUCUAUCCAUUAACCAUGUAUGCCUCACAGGGGGGAAAACACAGUUCAAAAUCUGAGCCUUUUGUUUCCAAUAGUUUUACUGAUGCUUCUGUUGUUGGUGGAAAUUGCAGUUCAGAUGAUCAAAGGGGAUCUGUGAUUCAAAAGCAAAUUGCUUCAGAUGGAUGCAAGAUGGUUUCCCUCAAUAGGGAUCCAAUUACCAUGCUGGAAAAGUCUCCAGAGGAAGAAGAGGAUGAAAAGUCAUUAUCUAUUGAGACUCCGCCAUCUCUGAUGUACACCACCUCAGAGAAGUGGAUUAUGGACUGGCAGAAAAGGAAGCUGCUUGAGGAAGAAAAUUGGGCACUGAAACAGAAGAAGAUGGAGUUAAAAAUUACAGCCUCUUUUGAUAAAUUGAAGGAGACUGUGAGUUCAUCUGAAGAUAUUUCUGCUAAGACAAGAAGUGUCAUUGAACUGAAAAAGCUUCAGCUGCUUAAAUUUCAACGUCGCAUGCGGAGUGAUUUUCUGCAUGAUUUCUUCAAACCUAUCACCUCUGACAUGGAGCGCUUGAGAGCAUUUAAAAAACAUAGACAUGGAAGGCGGAUAAAACAAAUUGAAAAAUUUGAACAGAAAAUGAAGGAGGAGCGACAGAAGAGAAUUCGUGAGAGGCAGAAGGAGUUCUUUACUGAAAUAGAAGUUCACAAGGAGAGGAUGGAUGACUGGUUUAAAAUUAAGAGAGAGCGCUGGAAGGGUUUCAACAAAUAUGUAAAGGAGUUCCAUAAAAGGAAGGAACGGAUACACCGUGAGAAGAGCGACAGAAUUCAGCAUGAGAAGAUUAAUCUAUUAAAGAUCAAUGAUGUGGAAGGGUACUUACGGAUGGUUCAGGAUGCCAAAUCGGAUCGUGUUAAGCAACUGCUCAAGGAGACUGAAAAGUAUCUUCAGAAGCUGGGUGCCAAACUACAGGAGGCAAAGGCCAUGGCACAGCGUUUUGAGAUGGAAAUGGAUGAGAGUAGGACUGCAAAUGUUGUUGAAAAGAAUGAGUUUGCUAUUGAGACUGAAGAUGAGACUGACCAGGCACAGCAUUAUCUGGAAAGUAAUGAAAAGUACUAUCUGAUGGCUCAUAGUGUAAAAGAGAGCAUAACAGAGCAGCCAACUGGUCUUCAGGGGGGAAAUUUGAGGGAGUACCAGAUGAAUGGUCUCCGGUGGUUGGUUUCAUUGUACAAUAACCAUUUGAAUGGAAUUCUUGCGGAUGAAAUGGGUCUUGGAAAGACUGUCCAGGUUAUUGCUCUGAUUUGUUACCUAAUGGAAACAAAAAAUGAUAGAGGACCUUUCCUAGUGGUAGUACCUUCCUCUGUGUUACCAGGAUGGGAGUCAGAAAUUAGCUUCUGGGCUCCUAGUAUAAACAAGAUUGCAUAUGCAGGACCUCCUGAGGAACGACGUCGGUUAUUUAAGGAAAGGAUCAUCCAAGAAAAAUUCAAUGUCCUUCUGACGACAUAUGAGUACUUGAUGAACAAACAUGAUAGACCCAGACUGAGCAAAAUACAUUGGCAUUAUAUAAUAAUCGAUGAAGGCCAUCGCAUUAAGAAUGCUUCCUGCAAACUGAAUGCAGACUUGAAACACUAUCAGAGCUCUCAUAGAUUGUUGUUGACUGGAACACCUCUACAGAAUAAUCUUGAGGAGUUGUGGGCAUUACUCAACUUUUUGUUGCCAAACAUUUUCAACUCGUCAGUGGAUUUUUCUCAAUGGUUCAAUAAACCCUUUGAGAGUAGUGGUGAUAAUUCACCUGAUGAAGCUCUACUAUCUGAGGAGGAAAAUCUUUUGAUUAUAAAUCGACUUCAUCAAGUUCUUCGACCUUUUGUUCUCCGGAGGCUGAAACACAAGGUUGAGAAUGAGUUGCCUGAGAAGAUAGAAAGACUUGUAAGAUGUGAGGCUUCUGCUUAUCAGAAGCUUUUAAUGAAGAGGGUUGAAGAAAAUCUUGGUUCCAUUGGAAAUUCAAAGGGCCGGUCGGUGCACAACUCUGUGAUGGAGUUACGUAAUAUAUGCAAUCAUCCGUACCUCAGCCAACUUCAUGCAGAGGAGGUUGAUAUUUUAGUACCAAAACAUUAUCUGCCACCAAUUGUGAGACUCUGCGGAAAGCUUGAAAUGUUGGAUAGGUUAUUACCCAAGUUAAAAGCGACUGAUCAUAGGGUUCUAUUCUUCUCAACAAUGACUCGGCUGCUUGAUGUUAUGGAAGAGUAUCUCCACUGGAAGCGUUACAGUUACCUUCGGUUGGAUGGACAUACAUCAGGAAACGAACGUGGUGCCCUUAUUGAGAAAUUCAAUCGGCCAGACUCUCCUGCUUUUAUAUUUUUGCUCAGCAUUCGGGCUGGAGGUGUUGGAGUGAAUCUCCAAGCGGCUGAUACUGUUAUCAUAUUUGACACUGAUUGGAAUCCUCAGGUUGACCUGCAAGCACAGGCUAGGGCUCAUCGCAUUGGCCAGAAGAGGGAUGUACUUGUUCUGCGAUUAGAAACGGUUCAAACUGUGGAGGAACAAGUCAGAGCUUCAGCAGAGCAUAAACUGGGUGUUGCUAAUCAGAGCAUUACUGCUGGGUUUUUUGAUAACAAUACAAGUGCCGAAGAUCGAAGAGAAUACCUGGAGUCCCUCCUAAGGGAGUGUAAAAAGGAAGAAGUUGCUGCAGUUUUGGAUGAUGAUGCUCUUAAUGAUAUCUUGGCCCGCAGUGAGUCGGAACUUGAUGUUUUUGAGUCAGUUGACCGACAAAGGCGAGAAGAAGAGAUGGCAGCAUGGCAGAAACUGGUACUGGGACAGGACAAUGACAGUUCGGAGCCUUUACCACCCAUGCCUCCUCGUCUUGUGACCGAUGAAGACUUAAAGGCAUUUUAUCAGGCCAUGCAGAUAUAUGAAGUAUCUAAUGUUGGGGUAAAGCGAAAGAGUGAGUAUCUCGGAGGGCUUGAUACCCAACAGUAUGGGAGGGGUAAACGAGCUAGAGAGGUACGUUCCUAUGAAGAUAAGUGGACAGAAGAGGAAUUUGAGAAGAUGUGUGAGGUUGAUUCCCCAGAGUCUCCCAUACACAAGGAAGAAACAAUCCCCAAGAAUAUGGCAAUGGAUGCCAGUGCCUCAAGAGUUGGUAACACAGAUCCUCCAUCUUUUGCACCACUGCUGUCCACAGAACCAUCACAGCUUCCUGGCAAAGAGUUGCCACCAACAUCCAGACGAGGGCGUGGUAGGCCAAAAAGGCCAGCAGCAACAGAAGCAGCUACCUCCCGAUCUGCAGGGGUUUUUCCUGCACCUUCUGAAACUGUCGACAAACUGGACAGGGGAUCUCAAGGAGGAAUCAGUCCAGCUCUUACUCCCACUCCUUCAAAUGGUAUUUUUCCUGGUUCUGUUACUACCAAAGAUCUUGGUGGAACUACACAACAUGAGAUCAGCAGUGGAGCUGCCACUGGUUCAUUCGUCACUACUCCUGUACCUUCUGUCCCCAUGCAAGCUAAGGGACAAAGCAGGAAGGCCCAAAGUAGCUCAGAAGCACCUAGGUGCAGGGGGAAGAAACAAUGUUCAGGAUCACCAGCUGAUCAGAAAAUGCCAACAGAAAGAGGCAUUGUAUCUGAUAGCUCUCUAGCUGCUUUAGCUCAUGACAAUCAAAAGGUUGUAAGACCAUCUGGCACUUCAAAUGCUCCUAUUGGCAUCAGCCCUGACUUCAACUCCAUUUCCAGAAUUCCAAAGGAGAUGGGCAUUAUGUCAGACAGCUCUCAAAAAUCUGCUUCUGCGACACAGAAGUUAGUGAAUAGACCACAUAAUACUUCAAAUGGCCCGACUAUUGUUAGUUUUGAGGUAAAUCCAUUCACUGGGCUACCAAAAGUGGUUGAAUUAGUUCCAGUUCGAACUACAUUGCCUUCCUUAUCUCAGGAGAAAUACAUGAGAGUGGGACCUAGCUUGGACAAAAAGAAAACAGAGAUAGUUCCCAUUUCUGGGACAAAAUCAGCUCCUAGUGAGACCUCAUCAACAGCAAAAACAAGUUCAGUGGAAUCAAGCAAGAAUGAAGGUGUGAAGGUCAGUGUGCUGCCUGCUGGGCAAGAUCCUACGGUUUCCCAUUCAUCUACACCUGUGAUGUCUGCAUUGGCACAAGAUUUGAUUGAGAGGAGAUCCCAUCGUAUGGGGAUCCUGGAUAAGCAAAAAGCAUCUGAAAAAGCAGAACCUCUUUCUGUUCAAACCCCUCAAAAAGCUGGAUGUAGUUUUGAUGCCUCAAGAACAGUGCCUACCAGUGGCUCCAUUCCUGAAAGGUCUGUGUAUUUGGACCUUCCUACGGUCAAACCUGUUGAAUUUGUUGCGGGCCAAGAUAAUGUGCACUUGGGCAAUGCAUCUGGUAUUUGCCUUCAGAGUAUGAAGAAUGAGAAACAUUCAGUCCCUGCUCGCCUGCAUCACAUGAAAUCUGUUGCUGAUAAAGAUAAGCCCAAGUUACCUGUCCUAGUCAAGCGAGGCACUAAAAGAAAAGAUUUAGGAGUUUCCAAUGCGAAACAAGCUGCUAUUGCAAUUAAGAGCUCAAACGUUGUAGUACCUUCAGUCCAUGCUCCCAUUGUGGGAUCACAGGUGGCAGAAGGGAAUAGGAGCAGUGUGAAAGCCAUCACCAUGAAAGAUAAACCAGAUAAUGAUUCUAAGAAAGUGGGAAAUGUUAUUGAUGACAAAGGUGAAAGACUGUUACCUGUUAUAAUAUCUAACCAGAGGUCAAACUCAACCGAGAAAUCAGAUAUUUCUACCCAGAGCAAGCCACCACCCGAUACAUCAACAUUGCAGGAGAACUGUGCCAUUUCCAUGGAUGAGAACUCUGUAUGUGCAGAAUCCAAUACAGAGGGGAAUUUGACCUCUCAGCAAUUCUGUGAGGUCCCUCCUCUCAAGGUGGUAUCUACCCAGGAGGCAAAUUCUAAUCGGAUAUCUUCUCAAGAGAAGCAGCAUUUAACUUUUUCUCCAAUAGCUGAAAAUACCACCAGUUCUGUGGACAAUACGACUGCAUGUGCGAAGCCAACAGAAGUCGAAAUAAAAAAUGAUGGUCACAGCCAUGUGUCCAAUUUAAUUUCGAGCAAGAAGCCAAAGCUGACAGAGAAAUCAAAUCUUCCUGCUGAAAGUGUGCGACAGCCAGGUACAUCAACCUUGCAGGAGAAUGCUAUCAUUUCUAUGGAGAAUAUCUCAGAUUGUAUGUGUGCUAAUGCAAGGAGAAAUUGCUCAACUGAGAAACUUUGUAAGAUCGCUCCUCCUGACAUGGACGACAAGCUACCGACAUUGCCAUCACUUUAUGAGAGUGCUGCUAGUUCUUUGGAAAAGAGCUCUACAAAGUCAAUGAAAGCCAAAUCAUCACCAAAUGAUGGAAUCUCUCUAUCUGAAAUGCCAGACUUACUUUCUAAAAACCUGCCUGUAUCUCCAUCUGGUCAGCUUUGUCAAUCUGUCCAGCAGAUCACUGAAUUUUCUGGUACUCAUGGUGUAGAUGGUCGUUCUGUGGGUUCUAUUAAUCUAGAAAAUACUGAUGAUGCUAAGCAGCUGGAAGGAACUAUUGUAUGUCAAGGUGAAGCACAAAGACAUGAUAUUGUCCAAUCUGUACUAUCUGGGAGUGGCCAAGCUUCUCAAACCAAUAAGCAGGUCUCUGUUCCUCCUAAAAAAGAUGACAGUUCUUUACUCGAUGAUAAUGAAGUACCCAAUCUAGCUGACACCACUCCAACUGAAUUUGCUUCUAGCCAGCUCUCUCAAACAGAUGACAAGAUCCCCAAUACUGCUAGUAAUGGUACAUCUGAUACAGAUCAUGUUAUUCCAGGGCAUGCUGAUGAUGCAAAUAGACCUGAAGGAGCUACUGUACUUCGUCCAGGUGAAGCAAAACAUGAUACUGAUCCAUCUAUGCCUAGGAGUGGUCAGGUUCCUCUAUUGGAUGAGCAGCUCUCUGAUCCUCCUGGUACUCAGGAUGCAUAUGGUGAUCCUGAUGGUUGUACCAACUCAGAGCAUCUUGGGGAUGAAAAUUGUUCUAAUAAGUCUAAUACAACACAUGGCCAAAUUGAGGUUAAGCCAGAGCAUGCUGAUGAUGUGGAGAAACCUGAAGGAACUACUGUACUUUGUCAGAGUGAAACAAAACAUGAUACUGUUCUUCCUAUAUAUGGUAGUGGCGAGGUUCUUCUCCUGGAUGAGCAGGUUUCUGAUCCUCCUAUUACUCACGAUGCACUUGCUGAUCCUGAUGGUUCUGGGACUUCUGCCAAUUCAGAAGAUCCUGGGGCAGAAAAUUAUUCUGAGGUAUAUGGUAUGACAGAUGGUAAAAUUGAGGUUAAGCCAGAGCAUGUUCAUGAUUCGAAGAAACCUGAAGGAACUACUGUACUUUGUGAGGAUGAAAGAAAACAUGAUACUGCCCCAUCUAUGUCUGGGAGUGGUGAGGUUCCUCUAGUGAAUGAUCAGGUCUCUGAUCCUCCUACUGCUCAUGAAGCACAUGCUGAUCCUGAUGGUCCCGUCAAUUCAGAGCAUCCUGGAGCAGAAAAUUGUUCUAAGAAAUCUGAUAUGGCACAUGGCCAAAGUGAGGUUAAGUCGGAGCGUGCUGAUGAUGUGAAGAAACUUGAAGGAACUACUGUACAUUGUCUGGGUGAAGUACAAGACAAGGAUGAUGCUACCCCAUCAGUAUCUUCAAGUGGCCAUGCUCUGCAACUAGAUGAGCGAGGGAUUGAUCCUUCUACCCCUCAUCAUACAGAUACUAAUAAUUUUGACAGUGCAGGUUAUUCAAAACACUUGAAUUCUACUGUACAUGGUCAGAGCGAAGCACCUAAGCUACCUAAUACCACCCCACCUGAACAUACAUCUAACCAGAUCCAUCAAACCGAUCUGCAGAUCUCCCGUCCCUCAGGGAUCCAUGUUGUAGAUUCUGAUCAUGCAGUUUCUGCAAAUUCAGAAGCUCCAGGGAGGGAUGAGGCCGAGGGACAUGAUAGCACUGCCCUGCCUUCUCAGAGUGAAGAACCAGAAAUACCUGAUACUGGAAAAUUUGUAUUCCACUCAGAUUUCUCAUUCAGAUCAGGAUAACCCUAGUUCUAAUAUCAGCAUUACAGGGGAAGAUCAAGGUUCUAUGACUGGUGAGAAAGCUGAGUCUUCUGGACUAGAUGAUUCUAUGGGUAUGAGUAAGAUCUUUGUUAUGGAUCAGACAGGUAUUGUUGCUUCAGGUCAGGAUUC